AUGAAGAAAUUCUUCAUCGCCACCUGCUUGUUUGCAAGCAUCGCUUACGUAGCCAUACAUAUGGUCUCGGGAAUACAGCGUCCAGAUAAUCCUUUUAGCAUCAACCUCAAGAGCCCCUUGAGCUCAAGCCAGUGGGCACUCGACUUGGAGUGCACCUUCGAUCAAAUCGGCGACGAACUUGACUGCCGCUGGCUCCGCUGGGCCAAGGAAGAACCGAUUCCAAAUUAUCCAGUCCGCAAGGAGUUUCGCUUCGAGUUAAGGCACAAGAAUGAUAAUGAAAAAAUCAAAAUCUGGGAACCCGAAUACUCAAACAGAUUCGUUAUCUUCGAAGACGAUCGCAGGAUGCUGCCGGUAUUUCUUAGUUCAAUUAGCUCUGGCUACCUCCCACUGGCCGAGGUCAGCAGUAGAGAAAUCAGCCCCGGAAUUAUCAGCUUCCCCAUGAAAGUCAGCUGUGUGAGAAAUCACGGAUUCUCCACGGUUCUUUGGUGCGAGAGACGGGUGUACGAUAUAGAGAGUCGCGCUCAUUGGGUUAGCUUAGUCAAGAAAUUGGGUACGGUAGAGGACGAGUUAGAACGCCUAUUUCUCUUUUUUAACAGCAUUUAA